AAACAGAGAGCAUUACACGAACAACAGAAAUUAAAAAAAUAGCGAUUUAUUUUUAACUGACACACUUCUCAUGCUCAAUUUAAAAAGUCGUGUUCAACGGGGCAACGACAACACCUCAUUAUGCCUAGUACAACUGGCACAAUCAAAUAUUAGGUGUUAAAUUGAUCACAAUGCAUAAAAUAACGAUCAAUUAGUGCAAACAGUCGAACAAUGAUGCCAAUCAUCUCGGCCGAGCGAACUAAAUCUGUUUUUGGAUGAGUUUUGGUAUGUCAGCCGCGUCACACGCCGAAUGUCAUUGGAUUUAUAAAUACAAUCAGCUCCAGAAAUAGGUGGCUACAGGUUUUCCAGGCGUACCGACCUAAAAUAAAGCAGCCUGGAUUCGUUAACAAUAUAAUUGUCUCGUCUUGGUACGUGCGUCGAACCAGUGAGUGUAACAUCAUUGUUAGUGCUUUUUAUAAUAAAAUAAUUGUGAAAAUGGAUGAGGAGGAUGUCCAACAGUUUUCUUUGCGCUGGCACAAUCAUCAGAACAGCUUAAUAGGAGCUUUAGGUCGUAUGCUGAGUUCUGGGACCCUGACUGAUGUCACUUUAAGUGCCAGUGGGACCACGGUGAAGGCCCACAGGCUGGUGUUGGCGUCUUGCAGCCAGUACUUCGCUCAACUCUUCAAGGAAGUGGAAGCCGAGAACAACACGUUAGUGGUGGUCCUGGGCUGUGACGUCGCCGAGCUGAGGCUACUCCUCACGUUCAUGUACACGGGGGAGGUGACCGCCUCCAAGAAGAUACUACCCUCACUCCUCAGACUCGCACAAACCCUCAAGGUUUCUGGACUCACUGAUGCCGAUACGAACUCAACCCUAACUCCGACGGAACCCGAGGACGAGCUCAACUCCCCCGUUAAUCUAGAAAACAAGAACGAAACGCCACAGAUUAUAAACGACAACUCUAGUUCAAGCUCCAAACUCAACUACGACGAUAUAUUGUCCCCGGCGAACGAGAAAGAUGGAAAUUUCGUCACCAAUUUUAUGGGAAAAACUGAGAAAGAUGGAUUGAGUAAACUAGAUCAAAUCGUACAGACGUUGUAUAACACACGCAAGAUUGGUACCCCGCCGGCUGCAACUUUAGUCAAUUCAGGAGUUCCAGACCCAAUCGAGCCUUACGACAGGAAAUGGCGUAUGAACAGUUCAGUUUGUACGAUAUGCAACAAGCGGUUGUCGAACCAGUACAACUUGAGGGUCCACAUGGAGACCCACGCGGGCAGGCGGCACGCCUGUCGCGCCUGCUCGCACGUGUCGCGCUCCCGGGACGCGCUCAGGAAGCAUGUCGCCUACAGACACGCGCCGCCGCAACACCGCCAGGGGAGGGCUGACUUGUGAACUGACAUUACAAGGGGAUUAACAUCACCUCUAAGUGAUAUUAUAGUUACCGGCACGGAUCUUGAGCACUGACCUUCACCGAAGUGAUUUUUGGGUUCCUUUUGCGGGGGUAUAUAGUGAGGCGCGGGGCGGACUAAAGUGCAGUGAUUGGCCCGCAGCGCAUCACGUCAUAGCCGUCAUGAGGGAUUUGUUCUUUGAUGCAGUUGCAUGCACCUCAAGACGGCUCAAGAUUGGCGUUUUAUUUUGCCAUGAG